AUGGCCGCCGACGCUGGGCUCGACCUGCUGGCGAUCCCGCCGAACCCGGUGAUCUACCUGCUCCCAUCGAGGCCGUGGCUCUACAGCCUUCAGGUCCGCGGCCUGGCCGACGUGCCGGACAGCGCCGUGGACGCGGUCUGCCGCGGCGCGGACGUGCUGUGGUUGCAGGGCGCCUGGGAGGUGGGCCCAGAGGGGCGCAAGCACGACCUCGGGGAGCCGGGGAGGCUGCGCCACUUCCAGGAGUGCCUGCGCGGCACCUUCGUGGAGGACGACUGCAUCGGGUCCCCCUACGCGAUCACGCGCUACGCGGUGAGCCCCGACCUGGGCUCCGAGGACGACCUCGCCGCCUUUCGCGCCCGGCUCCGGCGGCGCGGCGUGGCGCUGAUGAUGGACUUCGUGCCGAACCACACGGCCCGGGACAGUCCCUGGGUGUCGCAGGCAGGCCUCCACAUCGCCGCAGAGCACGGCGCCGCCAGGGGCGGGCCGGCGUUCGGGCGCGACCCGUAUUCGGGGGACUGGACGGACACGGCGCAGCUGAACUACUGGUCACCGGCAUGCCUGGAGCACAUGUCGUCGGUGCUGGCCGACGUCGCGGGGCGGUGCGACGCCGUGCGCAUCGACAUGGCCAUGCUGCUCUGCAACGCCGUGGUGGAGCGCACCUGGGGCGACGUGCUGCGGCGCCAGGGUUUCGGCCGCCCGCAGGGCGAGUUCUGGCCCGCCGCGCUCGAGCGGGCGCGGUGGAGGCGCCCGGGGUUCUUCGCGCUGGCGGAGUGCUACGAGUACGAUUGA